AUGCAGCCUGCCCUGCUGCUGCUGCUGCUGGCAGCAGCGUUUUCCGUCGCCUCUGCUGCCCUGGACAGGCGCCUGCUGGAUGACGGUGUGCAAAGCGCCAUUAGCAACGGACGGAACGCCCCCCGGAACAGGUACAAGUACUUUGCGUCAAUGCGCGAGGCAGCAAAUCCUGAAGACCCUUCGUGCGGCGCCAGCCUGAUCCAUGAGUCGGUUGUCCUCACGGCGGCGCACGUGCGCAUCGGCGCUUAUGCCUUCAAUGCCACCGCCACCCCAGACACUGGCUACCAGGAGCGGCGCGUGGCCAAGAUUGUGCGCCACCCAGACUAUGUGUUUCAGCGGUGGACGUUGAAUAAGAAAAACAACGACGUGGCGUUGCUGUACCUCAGCCGCCCCAGCACCUACCCUCCCAUCAAGCUGGCGCCUUACAAGGCCAAGGCUGAGUGGAGCAACCCUGUGCCUGACUGGACGCCCGUCACUCUCAUAGGCCUGGGAUACACGGUGUUUGAAAAAAAGUUCCCGAAAGUGCUGCAGGAGGUAGGCUAUUGA